AUGGCCACCUUGGGAGCCGGUCAAGGCUCAAUCGGCGCGGGAUCUGGCUCUCUACAGCCUCUCUACCCCCGACAGUCUAUUGGCAGUUCCUGCACUUCGGGAAAGGGUCUUUUCGCGGCACAAAAUCUCUCCCUCACCACUUCGCCAACUAUGCUGGACAAUACCCACUUCCAGUUACACAGCAGUUCCAGUGUGGGCAGCCAGAUGUCUACCCUGACGCAGCGUCUCAUCUCCGAGGUGUACAUGGCCGCGGCAAAGGCGGCCUCACGUGCAGUGACCGAGUCCAUCGCCAGCGGCAGCAUUGAGGGCGUGGAGAUCCAGGAU